AUGGUUGAUGGAAAGAUGUGUCACCCGUCAGACUCCCCGGCGUGGAAACAUUUCAGUGAAUUGCAUACAGAGUUUGCGGCAGAAGUUCGAAAUAUCAGACUGGGCCUGUGUACUGAUGGGUUUCAGCCAUUUGGGGCCUUCGGGCAGAAUUAUUCAUCAUGGCCUGUAAUUUUGACACCAUACAAUCUCCCCCCAGGGAUGUGUAUGAAAGACGAGUUCAUGUUUUUAACUGUUAUUGUCCCUGGGCCUCGAAAUCCUAAACACCAAAUGGAUAUUUUCCUGCAACCGUUGAUAGCUGAGCUGAACCAACUGUGGGAAUUCGGAGUGCAGACAUUCGACGUUCAAAGGCGACAGAAUUUCCAAAUGAAAGCGGCACUUAUGUGGACAAUUAAUGAUUUUCCUGCUUAUUCGAUGUUGUCUGGCUGGAGCACAUCUGGGAGGCUGGCUUGCCCACACUGCAUGGAAAAUACGGAAGCUUUUACGCUUAAAGGGAGUAGAAAACAGUCGUGGUUUGACUGUCACAGAAAGUUCUUGCCUCGUGGUCACCCGUACCGGCGUAAUACAACUCAUUUCCGAAAAGGAAAAACCGUAACCAAUAGUUUCGGACAGCCGAAAACCGGAGAAGAAUUGUUGGCAGAGGUGGACAGUCUGGGAUUUAUGAAGGCAUAUGAAAUUGGGGCUGAGAAAAAUAAUGCUGCGAAGGACGGAAAAAAGGCUUUGCUCGAGUGGAUAAAGUUAAAAAAAGUGAGCAAUAAAGGGAGGGUGGAAGGAAGCAUUAGUAGCGGAUACUUAAAUGAAGAAACCGCAAAGUUUGCAGCUUAUUAUUUUUCAGAAGGUGACCCAAUGAUACCUGAGCGGCUGCAAAGAAAUGAAGUUUGUGACAUUGAAGUCGACGAUGAUGUUGAGAGACUAUCGAUUUUCAAGCCGCAAGGGCAAUCAGUGGGUGCUUGCCGCAAGAGAUAUCUUGAAGAUGCUGAGAUUGUUGCUGCCCGGACAUAUGUUCUGUUGAAUUGUUCAGAAAUUGAAAAUUACAGAGAGGUUUUCGAAGGCGAGUUGCGUAGAGGAAACCCUGAAAUCAGCACCUCGCAAAUUGAAGCAAAGUUCGAGAGUGACUUUGCCUGCUGGUUUCAACAAUAUGUGCAAGAUCCAACUGUCUGUACCAAUCCCUUCAUUCUUAGUCUCGCUAAAGGACCUCUUAGAUCAGUCAGAACAUUUAAGGGGUACCGUGUAAACGGGUUCAAGUUUCAGACUCAAGCUUAUGGGGAGGAACAACUUACAAUGAAUAGUGGAGUCUGCGUAAGGGGAACUCAAUAUGUCGAUAGCGAAAAUGACUUUUAUGGAUUUCUGACAGACAUAAUUGAGUUAGAGUAUCCAGCGCUUCCAAUGAAAACGACUGUCUUAUUUAAAUGCGAAUGGUUCGACCCAGCGCAAAAUUCAGGCACAAUUAGUAACAAAAAAUACAACAUGGUGGAUAUUAAUAACAGAAGGAGAUACAAUAAGUAUGAACCGUUCAUCUUAGCUGAACAGGCCGACCAAGUUCAUUACCUGCCAUAUCCGAGUAAAAGAAGGGAUAAAAUAAAUUGGUGGGCAGUUUGCAGGAUAAAGGCGCGAUCAGAGCUUGACAUGCCCGAAGGGAUUAUCCCGGCCUUUCAAGAUGACAUAGAAGAAAAUCCUCUCAUUGUUGCAACAGAAGACAAUCCGACAUAUUUGGCUGAUCAAACUGGAGAAGCUGAGGAAGAUGCGUUGUUCAUGCCUCCUGAACAAGAAACAGAAGAUGAGUUCAUCGCAUCCUCAUCAGACGAAGAUGAAAGCGAAGAACUUUAGUAGUUUAGUAUAUUUUAUGCACUAGAUUUUUGAAACCUUAAUUAAUUGUUAAAGAUGAUGUAUUAACGCUUCUCCAAUUUAUGUUUUAUACUUAUAUUAUUCAUGUGUACACUUGUUGAAUUUGAAUUAAU